CAUGACCUAACGACCUAACCUUAGCGCUAAAGCCGGCUAAGAAAUUAGAAAAUCAUUCUGUCAAUUCUAUCGCUCCUCGUUCGGUAUUCUCUGCUGUGUUUUAUUGUAAACCCCUAAAAUAAGCUUGAAAUUCAUCCACCUCAAGAACAAGAUGUUUAGUGACGAAUCUUACGAUGUAGAUGAUCCUGCAGAAUGCUCCUAUCAGUCCCUCACUGUAGAUUCCCGACUGAAUCAGCCCAGCUGUAACUCCACUACGUCUUCCAUUGACAAAUCUUAUGAUGCAGAUGACCCUGCAGAAUGCUCAUACCAAUCAUUUUCAACAGAGCCCCGACAGUUUCAACCCAGCUGCAGCUCUUCCUCAACACCCAAUCCUUUAGUACCAGAAUGUGUUCUGAACGAAGCUCCCUUAGUCUCUUCAACCCCCAAUGCAAGUGCAGUCCAGGAAACAUCAGAUGUUCAAGAGGAUAUUAUUCUAUCCGUUUUUUGGAAGAAAGGUAAACUUGGAGCUGCUACUUUCAACACUGAUACCUCUAUGAUUCAUGUAUUGAAUGAUACCAUAGACUCGGGUCCUGAUUACAACAUUUUGCGUGCUCUUUUCUUGCAAACAAAUCCAGCGCACACUGUUACAACUGGCUCUCUCCCUAAUGAUAUCAUCAAAACCAUAAAAGAAAUGAUGACAGAUUUCAGUCAGUCCACGUCUACAGAUACAGCCCCCUCCCUGAACAGACUGCAUUUUUUACCCAGUCAUGAAUUUAAAUACGAAAUUGGGAAACAUCGAAUUCCUUUAAUGAAACUCACCUGUUUGCCUCAAAACGCCACCGAGAGUGAGAAAUUGAUUUACCUCCAAUCUGUCUUCGAUAUGAGUUCAGAAGCUUUAGUCAGUGCCUUAGGUGGAUUGUUGCUAUUCAUGGACAAGUCGAUGACAAGAAUAACCUUGCAAAGACAGCAAAUGUUUGUUUCAAACAUUCGCAAUUUGGAAAUCCAAAACUACGUUUCAGUGUCCAUGGGAACCCUCAAAGCAUUGCAGGUAUUCCCCGUCCAUCACAAACAAAAAUCAUGCGGUCUUCGAGAUAGCCUAAAUAUUCUGAAAUUAUAUGAUCGCUGCUUGACAUCUUUAGGUUCAAAACGCUUAAGAGUAUUAAUGUCCCUCCCAAUAAAUGACCUGCAAGAAUUGAAAAGAAGACACCAAAUUAUUCAAUUUUUUAGGCUCCUUGAUAAUGCUACCCUGGUGACAAGUAUCUCUACCUGUCUUAAAAACAUAAAAAAUGUUGCAACGAUCAUCACAAGAAUGAGAAUGGUUCGGGCCUCUGUAGCUCAAUGGAAGUCAUUGUAUAAGACCAUCUGUAAUGUUAUCCAGGUUGGAGAAAUUUGUGGGACUGCUGGUGAAGAUAUAGAUCUGCUUUGUGAGAUAAAAGAGUGUCUGCAUGAAGACCUUUACUUCAUUGAACAAAACAUUAAGAAAAUAAUGGACUUUAAAGAAUCGGUUAGCCAAGAGAAAUUUGUUGUCAAUCCAAAUGUUUGUCCAGAGCUCGAUAGAUUGAAAGAAUUCCACCGAAAUAUUCCGAUGAAAAUGGCUGAAGUGGCCAGAGAAGAACUGCGUAACUUACCAGAGUACAUUCAGACUUGUUCCAUACUCUACAUCCCUGAAAUCGGGUAUCUCCUCUGCAUUCCCUUUUGGAAGGAAGAGCUGUCAGAGGAGGAUUUUUAUAUUCCUGGACUUGAACAUAAGUUCAAUUCUAGUGAAAAAGCACAUUUCAAAAGUGAGAGGUGCAGAGAGCUUGACGAAACUUUGGGAGAUAGUCAGCUACAAAUUAUCGAGAGAGAGACUCAAAUAAUGCUUCAGCUCAUCCAGUUCAUAUCUGUUCAAUUACCUAUGUUGCAAAAACUCAUCAAUUUAAUCGCAGAACUGGAUUGCUUACUAUCCUUAAGUUUUGUUGCCAACGAACUGAAUUUGGUGGAGCCGGAACUCGUCCAGGAAAAAGUGAUUGAAAUUAAGAAAGGCCGGCACCCUUUUAUCGAACACUGUAGUAAUUCUAUGGUUCCGAACGAUUAUGUCUCGUCGAUAGAGAAGAGUAUGAUCAAAAUCAUAACUGGCCCUAGUGCUGCAGGAAAAUCUGUAUAUUGCAAACAAACUUUGUUAAUCGUUUAUCUUGCCCACACCGGGAGUUUUGUACCUGCUGAAAGUGCGAAAAUUGGCUUGAUUGACUCUCUCCAUCUGGUGACUCCAACUGCCACAACGUCACCUGCUUUGAAUAUCUCCUGCUUUAUGCAAGACUUAAAACAGAUUUCUCAAGUAGCAUCGAACACGUCAGGGAACGCAGUGGUGGCUGUAGAUGAUUUUGGGAAAGGCACAACAGAAAUUGACGGUGUCUCGCUCUUGUCAACUUUCAUCACGGAUUGGAUGAGUAAAGGGGAAGAUUGCCCGCAUGUCAUCAUCACCACGCAUCUCCACAACUUGCUUACUGUGUUGCCGUCGUCUCCAAUGAUCAAACAUCAGACAAUGGAAUAUUUGAUCAAUAAUGACGAAAUUGUCUAUCUCCACCGAUUGAAAGAUGGAUCGAUUGAUUCAAGUUUAGCUAUACACACUCUGAAAGCAAGUCUUUAUCCUGAAACAGUUAUCAAAAGAAGUGAAGAGGUUCUUGAAGCUAUAAGAAAUCAGACGCCAAUAGCGCCGAAUAGAGAUCUUCCCAGUGGAAGGGAACGGCGCUUGGAGGUCAUGCGAAUUAUUUUUCAGAUGAGAGACUCCUCCCCUGAAAGAGGGAGAAUCACUGCGGAGGAUUACCCUAGAGUAGUUGCACUGCUUAAGUCUUGCCCAAGGGACUAAGAAACAUCCCUUCGCAAGUGGUGGAAACCAUAUUUCCUGUAUGCUUUACCUUCUAUUUUAAGUCGUAUUUAUUGAAAAUGAAUUUAAAGAUGUGUGUUUUUUUUUUUUUUUUAAGUUUUAUCCCCAGAGCUUGGAAUCAACAGAGAAUUUUAUUUAUUAGAACUUUUUUCAACUCAUUCUUAAAACUAUUUUAUAAUAAGUGUUCGGUAACUGAAGAAAGCCAGGCAAUCAUAUGCAGCUAUCUUUUAGUUGUAGAAAAUAAAUGCAAUUGGGAAUCAUUUUUAUUUUUUUUCUUUAAAAAAAGAAAAAAUUGUUUUCACUCUUAGUCCUCUGACAAAAUAAGUUGAACUUUGACGAUCUCUUUGAUUAGAAUUUUAUUGGAACUAAAGUUUUUCAGCUUUUUAUUUUUUAGCUUCUCAAUUGUUUAAUAAGCUGUGUCAGAAAAAAAUUAAUGUCAUGCUUAUACUCCUCGUUCAAAACUUUUUUUCAUACAUUUUAAGAAGAACUUGUUUUCAACUAAAAUACAUCUAAUUUUUUAAUGAA